GACAAGGGGGUGGAAAAUCUCCUUACCUCGCCUGAUGGGAUCCAGGCUCCUGGUCAGGGUACCGCUGCUACAUCCUCCUGUCUUUUUUGGGUUUUUUAAGGGGAACAGGGGGUGGAAAAAACCCUGCUCCGUGAAUAUCGUCUGUCCUUCUGAGAAGAAGCGGCCCUUCCACACACUCACACGAGCACCCCAGCCGGCAGGAUCCAAGUUGGUCUUUGAUGGACUGAGGGCGAAGUCUGGAUGGUUUCAGAGAGCCCAUCACUUGAUCACUUUGCCAUGCAGAGAUAGCCAACAUUUAGGUGCACCUAACACCCCUAUCCUGACCAAGCACAUGAUGGGACCCGCAGGAGCCAUGUGGCCGGUUCUGUGGGCAACAGUGCGGGCCUACGCCCCUUACGUCACCUUCCCUGUGGCCUUUGUGGUCGGGGCGGUGGGCUACCACCUUGAGUGGUUCAUCCGUGGCCAGCCACCCCCUCAGCCACCUGAGGAUGAGAAGAGCAUCUCGGAGAGGCGCGAAGACCGCAAGCUUCAGGAGAGUGCAGGAAAGGACCUCACCCAGGUGGUCAGCCUCAAGGACAAGCUGGAAUUUGCUCCCAAAGCUGUGCUCAACCGGAACCGUCCUGAGAAGAACUAGCAGAGCUGUCCUGUUUGACGGGUGGGGAUUUUGAUUGGUUCCAUGCGGUCUUGAUUGUUAGUUUCCUGGUUUUGUCAUUUUUUGAGCCCACCGAACCCAGCCAAUGACUUCUCCACCAAUCUCACCAGCUUCAUCCUACUUUUGCUUCCAUUGGAGGAUUGCUGAAGCCACUGAGAUCCAUUGGAGGUGGAGGGCAGACUUUGUGACUCUGCACUUCUUGCCUUGGCAGCAGAAUGACCAAUUCUCCUUGGAGGUUAUCGGUCAAGAGAUGGAACUACCCCUGCAGUCUUUGGCGAAGGUUCAGCCAGGACAAGGCAGGAUCCCCUUUCUCUUGCCAUAUGCUGGCAAAGGCAGGAUUUCACUUUAAAAGAGCACCUCUGAAAUAUGGUACCACCCCCCUCAAUCCUUGCUUUGGUGCCCUUGGAGACCACUUUAGGAUGAGGGACCUUAAAGAUUGUUCAACACUUCUGGGUGCUAGAGGAGCAGUAACUGCCACAUGUCGUGGCAACUGAGCUUCUCCACACUGCUGCUACUUGGGCAAAGAUACAUCUCUUUUUCUGAGCAAUUUCCAUGUGCGGGAUUUGGGGAGGUGUGUUUGUGUGUGUGUCUGCUGACUUCUUGGACAUGGGCCUGCUGUUGAAACUGAAAAAUAAUAAUAAAUAGUUUGGAAAAUA